AUGUCUACCAACAACCACAGUCCAACUGAAUACGAAGGGGAGUCAUUCGACAACGCCCUCGAAACUGCCCAAAUCCAGGAGAACCUCAAUGUCGACAUCCCCAAGUCCACCUCCACGCGAUCGUUAACCGACAGUCCACCAAUCGGCACAGUUACAUCUCCGGACACGACGGAGAAACCUCCGUUGUCUUCUGAAUCGCAGGACGAGAAGAAGAACGAGGGUGUCGAUCAGAGUGGCGAGGAGGGCCAAAACGACAACAAGAAGAAUAAUAAGAAGAGGAACAAGAACAAGAAACAGGGGAAGAACAAGGACGAAGCAAUUGAUGGGAAUGAAACCAACGAUGACGCAAACACCGUGACAGAUGAGACCAACGAUGCGGACAUGCCGGAGCAAGAAUCCGGGGUUGCUCAAACCGAGGUCGGAGAGGUAGACAAUCAGGUGGAACGCGAUGAGAUGGCUCCCCAAAAGUCACCUCUACUUACAUCCCACCGACUCUCAACUGCGUCGUCGCUGGACGAAGUCAACCUGAUGAACACCAAGGAAGAUGAAUCGUCAAACAAGGGGCCAAGCUCAGGAGACAAGAUGAACUCCCCGCCGGUACCUCCCAAGGACGACACAGCCCCAAGCUCCGGCUUGAUGGGAUUGUCAGGAAGUCUUCCUUCGCUGCCAUGGGGAGCACCUCCAGUAAACAAGAAUCCUCCUCCCGCACCGCCACCGCCUCCUACUCGCAAGCCCAGCGGCCCAUUUGCAUGGUUCUCUCGAAGCUCGAGCGGACCAAAGGACGUCAAAUCGCCUCAAUCGGCCGCUAGCCGACGAAACACUGCGACAUCCGUAUCGACCCUCGCCAGCAACCUUGAAGGUGGCGACGACGUGUCGAGCGUCGGCUCCAAGAAGCCGAGAAGGAACAGCUUAAAGGAUCAAUUUAAGAUGUUGCGCUUGCGCGAGGAGAACCAUGUGCCCGAAGUCGACGAGACGAGCUUGCGAUCUGGCAGCAUCAGCCAUGCUGGAGCCAGUCCCCCGAUCAUUCGCGAGGAAGGAGAAGACGGCAUCCUAAGCGCUCCAGAAGAGCCUCUAUCAGCAACAUCACCUUCAACACUGCAUCCUCGAAAGGGAUCUGUAUCUGAUGCUUCUACACCGGUCGAUUGGGAGAUGUGGCAGCAGCUCGUGAACAACGGAGCUCAAGCACUCGCCAGCUCCGAGGAAUUGAAUGCAGCCAUCAAGCGUGGUAUCCCACAAACGAUUCGAGGAGUGAUUUGGCAGAUUUUGGCCGAUUGCCAGCCCGCCGAAUUGGAGGAUGUGUACCGAGAGCUUGUGGGACGGGGAACAACACAAGAUAAGGACGGACGAACAUUAACAGGCGCCGAAACCACGUCCUCGCGUUCGUCAGUUCGCUCUGAGUCUGGGUCACGGUCGAGCAGCGCUGCUCCUAGCCCAUCCCACGAAGCGGACCCUGAUAAAAUGGCCAAGGACCAGGCUGCCAGCGAGGCCGAGCGAGCCAAGAAGGCCAAGAGCGACGUCGUUGCCUUGCAGAAGCUAGAAAAGGCCAUUCGGCGGGAUCUGGGUGCUCGCACAAGCUAUGCGAAGUAUUUCGUGUCGCAGGGUAGUCAGGAGGGUCUCUUUGGGUUGUGCAAGGCGUACGCUUUGUAUGAUGAAGGUGUUGGAUAUGCGCAAGGCAUGAACUUUAUUGCUAUGCCCUUGUUGUUCAACAUGGACGAGGUUGAUGCCUUUGCAAUGCUCGUAAAGCUGAUGAAUAAGUACUCUCUGCGAGAUAUGUUCAUUCAGGAUAUGCCCGGGCUUCACCGUAGCCUGUACCAAUUCGAGCGACUCUUGGAAGACCUGGAGCCUGCUCUUUACUGCCACCUCCGGCGCCGCGGAGUACCUCCCCAGCUCUAUGCCACGCAAUGGUUCUUGACGCUGUUCGCCUACCGAUUCCCACUGCAGCUGGUUCUCCGCAUCUACGAUUUGAUCUUUGAAGAAGGGCUGGAAAGCACAAUCCUCAAGUUCGGCAUUGCAAUCAUGAAGCGAAAUGCCGAGACUCUCCUCGAGAUGAAGGAUAUGAGUGUGCUCACUACAUUUUUGAAAGAGCGUCUCUUCGACGCAUACCUUGACAAACAGCCAUCUACCUCAUCGAUCCUGGAAUCAGGCUUCUUCGGCAGUUCCGGUGCUGCUGACAAGGAGGUCUACCGGUCCGAUAUCCUGAUGCUUGCCACAUACACUAUCGAAUGGGAAGAGAAGACACGCACCGAAAAGGAACGUGAAGUCGAGCUUGAACAUCUCCGACACACAGUCAGCACACAAGGCGCACGUGUCCGACUCCUGGAAGAACGCGCCGAAGCAUCUGAUAAGGAACAUGUGCAGCUAGCCUCGGAGCUGGUGCACGUCAAGGUAGAAAACGAGGAGCUGCGCGACCUCACUGAUGCCUUGAAGCUACAAGUCGGCGAGCUCAAGAACGUGGUCGACAAACAGCCCGCCGAAGUGGAGGAGAAACUCCGGAUGGAAAUGGAGCGGAUCAUGAAGCGCAACAUCGAAGUGCAAAACGAGAACCGCGCUAUGGAGGAAUCAAUGUGCGAGAUGGAGAAGGAGUUAGUAACGACGAAGAUGAAGUGGGCAGAGAUCUCCGAGAACCACGAGACCCUGCGCCAAAAGUGGAGCGACCUACGCCGCGCCCUCGACUAA